CAUUUUUUUUUUGUUUUGGCAGUUUCCGCUUUUGUUUCCUUUGGCAUUGAUGACUAGAAUCAGAGGAAACUGUUACUUGGGUAUUGAAGAGAAGCUGAAUCUGUAUCUGGGGUUUUGAGAUUUUGUGGGGUUUGUCGAUCGGCUUGCAGCAAAUCUCGUUUUUUUUUUUUCAUUAUUUUUGAAGAUUUUUAUUGAAUUUUAUUAUAUGAUUUAAAAAAGCCUUAAAUUUUCUGAUUUUCUCUCUGGGUUUCUUGAAUAAUUUCAUUUCCCUUCUGGGUUUCUUUUUUUAUACAAAUUCCAAUUCAAUUCAAAAAAAGAUUGUGAUUUUGACAUUUAGAGUAGGGUUUAACAGUAAGAUUCUUUAUGGAAAAAAAAUCCAAAUUCCAUAAAGUGGGGUUCUUUUAAUUCUUGAAAAAAGAGGGAUUAAUCUUGUUUUAGACUGUGAUUAAAUAAAAAUGUCUGGUGGGACACCAGUUGGUGGUGGAUACAUGAGGCAAAGGCAUAGUCAAGGAUAUGCAUCAAGCAAUGAAGACCUUGAAGAUGAUGCUUGUUCAAGGUUACAACCAUUUUCACCUUCAAUUCCAAGAGCUAAGACUUGGACUGAGGUAUUGGAAAAUGUGCUUUGGGUUGCUUCAGCAUUGUUCAUUAUCUACUUUGGUGAUAGGCACUCCAAUUUGAUAUAUCUAUUGUUGCAUGAUGAAAGAAUUAGAAGAAUGCCGUUGUACCUUGGCUUGGUUAGCACCGUAUUGAACGUUGCCAUUUUCUUUUACAUGAGCAUGUUAACAUGGAGUGUAAGGAGAUUCGAUGAGAAGUGGGAGUUGUUAAGCAUAAAUGCUUUGCCAUUUCUUACCUUGCUCGGACUUAUCUCGUUUUGCUUGCUCUGCUUUGCUUUAUGGCCUAUUUGGGGUUUCUUGACCCUUCCGCUUCUGUUCACGUUGUUUAUGGCCGGUUUAGUUGUAUACCCUCAUAUAAUGAUCGAGACCCUAAAGCAGCAAAAUGAUUCUUUCCGUAUAGAUUAAGUGAUCCGGUUUAAAGACAUAGUACUCAUUUACACGAAGAUGCAAUGUAAAAAAUGGAUGCUAGCUCCUCAGUUGGUGCCGAUGAUGAGUCAACUUUGAUCAGUCCAAUUUUACGUUGAAAUUGCCUCCUCGAUGAUGCUUUGAUGCAAUUUGUUAUUGAAUCUUAGGAUUUUCAAAACACUAUGAUCAAAUACAGAGGCUCCGGGUAUCGUUUACUUUUGAAGCUGUCGUGUUCAUCUGGUGAUAUUGAGACAUCAUUGAGUGAUAGGAUAGCAUUGUCCUUUACAAUGAAGAGUUUGGUUUUCAUAUUACAGUGUGAAUUUAUCAUUCAUUUUCCCUUUGUUGUUUAGUUGCAACAUGCUAUAUUAUUCAGAUUUUUCGUUAUGUAUCCAUACAUAUCUGACACCCCGGAAAUACCGACAUAUCUGUAUCUAACACUUGCCCCGAGUUCGGGUAACAUAAAUUAUCAAACAGAUUGAAAAUGAUUAA